UUGUGAGUGAGUCGGCCGUCUCAGCGAGCGAAAGUCUCGUGUUGUGAUAUCGAGGCUUGAUUGAUGGACGAAAAGACGAAUUAGGUGCGACCCUUCGAUUCGCCCUGCUGAAACGAUCUCGAUAGCAUCAGACGCGCAGAGCAGCCAGAAGUGCGUCCUGAUGAGAGUGAGCCGGCUGUGCCAAUAAGUCUCGCAUGUUGUGAUAAGACGAAUGAGGUGCACCCUUCGCCCUGCUGAAGGGUUUCUAUGCAGAUGUUAAACAAUGGAGGAGAUAUUGAAAACAGGUGAAGAAGAAGGUCGUCCAAUCGGGAGGGCAAACCUAGGAUUCUUUAAAACGGACGCGCUGAUAAAUAACGCAAACGACGUCUUUGUCCUUGUCGUCCACUAUGAUUUUGAGAACCAAGCAAUUGCUCGGAAAGGGGAUUAUCAAGACGUGCAGAACCUGAAAACAUCGUUCGGAAAAAACAGGAAUUGCAACUUUCGUGAUCUUAAAUCACCGAAAAAAGAGCAUUUGCUCGAUUUUCUUGGCGACCAGGACAAGCUCUUACGAUUUUUCUCCUCAAAAGAUCCCCCAGACGUGUUUCUUCUUUUUGUGCUAUCUCAUGGAUAUGAAGAUGGAAUCAUUUAUACCGACCAUUUCCUCGACGAUCAGAAAACUUUCGCUCAUUUCACGACAGAUGAAGUCUUCGACUCGAUCAAAAAGUUGACCAAGUUCGAAAAGUGCCUCAAACUGAUCAAUUUCGGCCCCUGUCGCGGGGGAUUACCCGAUCCAAAAUUUAACAGGAAUAAGGAAGUGUGUGAAGAGACGUACAAAAACCGAAACGCCAGUAGGAUCACGUUCACUCCAGCAAUCCACAAUUUGGUGGUUUUCUAUUCAACCGUUGAAACAACGCUAGCAAACAGAAAUGAACAUGGGUCUUGGUUUGUACAAAAAUACUGUGACUGUUUAAAUCAUACUGAGGAAAAGCCGUUGUUGACAUUCCUCUCGACGGUGCAGAACAGCAUGCACUAUACAUCCUUGCCUAAUUUGAAAACAGGCGAAUCCCUGGGUCAGACGCCAGAGAUAAAGAUGUUCACUCAAGACCGAGAAUUCAUCAUAUCAAGGACACUGAUUGCUCCAGUGACAUAUCUGUACACUGAUGGAAAAAUGGCGAAACCUGGGUCAAAUACGAUACAUUCCAAACAAUUCACAUGGAAGUCCGAUGAAGGACAGAACGUUCGAGGUCGAAACGCAUUCAUUUUGUAUGAGCAACAUGAUGAACAUGUGGAAGAACUGGUUAAGUCAGUUCGUAACUUGGACUUCGAGACAAGAUUAUUUCGACUAAACGAACGCUCAUUGGACUCCUACUUCAAAAUCUGUAGCGGGUUAGAACACGACGUCGGCUGCAUUUUGACAUGUAUGUUUGGUGAAGUGAGUGAAAAAGAUGACAAGGAAGUUUGCAUACUUGUCGACCAAGAGAAGAAAUCAUUUACAGAUAUUCUGCACAGCUUCGUUGGCCCGAGAAACCCUCAGUGGAUCGGACGGCCAAAAAUAUUUCUUCUAAUUAAUCAAGAGGCAUUGGAACGUGACACACUUUUACCAGAGAGAGUGUUUGAUAUUUCUGCUACGAAUCACAGUGGCUGGCUGGUUCUGAUUUUAAAGGAUAAAGAUUUGUUAGAAAAGCUGAUCAGGAUCUUCAAAUGCGAGGAUAUCCAAAAAGGAAAACACCUUCAAGAACUUUUGUAUCCUUUGAUGAUUUCUGAAUCAAAGAAGAACAAUGUUUUGCUCAACUCUACGCUGCAAUACCUCCUCGACUUCCCCGACUGGCCACGCUCAUUCGUCAGGCUAAGUUUCAGUUUGAGGGAAAAUGAAAGCUCGAAGGUCAAUAUCUUUGAAUUUGAUGAGAUGGUAAAAGAAGCGAAAAAAUCAUUUGAAAAAGGUCAAGUUUUGCUCAUGAGUUCCGGUGCCGGUGCCGGAAAAACGACAGUUCUUAAAGAAAUCACUUACCAACUCGGCAAAUCAGACCCUGACUUGAAAAUUUUGUAUAUCUCGCUGAAGAAACAUUCGCUGAAUAUUUUGAAAAUUCGAAACCUCAUCAAAUUCCUUGCGCAUGCAACGCAUCAUUCCAUAGACGAUAUCCAAAGGUUGAUCGAAGAGAAAAAAGCAGUUGUUUUCUUAGACGGAUUCGAUGAAAUCUGCCCCAUUCUCAGAGAAAACGUUAUCACACUGUUCCAUGCAUUAAAAGAAAGGCGAAUUCCUACAUUUAUCGCAACGAGACCACACGAGGCAGAAAUAAUCAAGGAACGAAUAAAUUGCGAAGUACUUGUUGAGGUUGAACCUCUGGACAAAGAAAAGCAAAUCGAGUUUUUGAAAAUUGUAGCCGGAAUGAAUGAAAAGGAAUGCAUAGAGUUCAUAAAUGAUUUUGAGGAAAAGGAUAUUUUGGAGAAUCCACUGCACCUUUCACUACUAGCAACAAUCAAAGGCGAAGGAAACUUGUAUCAGAUUUACGAAAAGGUCGUGGAAAAGAAACUUGAGCUCUGCUUAGUGAGAGAUGGAUACAAUAUUGACGACAGGACAACUUUCCCUCUAAAGAUGGAAUUGGCUUCGAGCCAUCUUCAGCUGAUUGCUCUGCGCUUCCUGAGGAAUGACGAGAGCCUGAUUGGACAAGGAAUAAGUCAAGAAGACUUGGAAAAGAUGAAUGAUUAUGGCGUUGCAACUGUUCUGGACGGAGAAGUCACGUUUUUGCAUCAGACAUUUGCUGAAUUUCUGGCCACAAAGCAAUUCUUGAAGAAUUUUGAUUCGUCACAAGCAUUGGAUCCGGCCCUGUUCCAAGAUAGUACUUUUGCGCAGUGCAGGAAGUUUCUGGACAUAUUCUACUGCACUCUGGAAAAAGAGGAAGAUGAAGAUUUGAUAUAUCACACUGAAGCUCUACUAGCUGUCGCCAAAUCUAUUGGCCCUGUAUUAUUCUUGAAGAAAGUCGUUGAAGAUAACCUAAGACAAGUUUUCAGAAUGCUUAAAUCCAAAAUUUCAUUUCACGCAGAAUCAAAUGCGUUCAUUUGCAUAGAAAAGAGCCCAGAACUGUUGAUGAGUGCAAUCGGCAGAGAAGAAAUCGCCGUUCAACUGCUGGAAAUGGGAGUUCUUGAUAAAACAGGCUUGGAAGAAAUUUUGCCUGAUUUGCUGCGAAAUAUUGAAGAGAAUAAUGCGGUUGUCAUACUGAAGAAAUUGAGAAUGGAAUUUUCGGAUCUUCCACUUAUGAUUGAAGCCUGCUAUUCAUACGAUUCUGAAACGAGCAAAAGGCUCAAGAAAGUUGGAUUUGCAGCAAUUCGAAAUGAUUUUGACGUACUUCUCGACAUGCUUAUCCAGAUUGGAAUUCGUGCUGUUGAAGCAUUUGAUGAAGAAGAAAACAGUCUCUUUGCGGCUUGCAGAUAUGGAAGUGUCAAGUGCUUUAGAGUUCUGCUCAAAAACAGGGCUCAAAAAGUAAUUUAUGGCAGUACCCUCUAUGAUCCUUUGAAUGUGGCCACAGAAUUCGGUCAUUUGGACCUGGUGAAGUUCCUAAUGGAUGAAAAUCCCAGCUUAUUCAAACGAGACGAAGGAACAUUGGUUCUUGAUGGACUGCCAGACAUUUGGAACCCUUUCCAAUAUGCAAUCUUGUACGGACGCAAAGAAAUAGCCGCAUAUUUUCUUUCAAAGUGCCCAUCUUUGAAUGAUAUUAGAACGAAGGGUGGAAAAAACCCAAUGCAACUGGCAGCUAUCUUGAGAAAGUGGAAAAUAUUGGAAUGGCUAGCUCACUUACCAAACACUGAUAUCAAAUCUUUGAUCCCUGACGAAGAGAGUGUACAUUGGACGCAAUUUGAGCUGGAAAAUUAUGAGCACUUCUUGAUGCUUCAAGGCGGAGUCAAAGAAAAGGAUAAAAAGGGGAGAAGUGUCCUUCAUUACGCUGCAAAAUAUGGUUAUGCUGACCUUGUUGCAAAAUUCAUCGAAGCCGGUGCCGACAUCGAAGCCACGGACGUUGACGGCUGGAACGCGUUACACUUUGCUUGUCUGUUAGACAAAAAUAUUGAAACCAUUAAGCUACUACAUUCACGGAGCAAACAACUUGCUAAGACAAUGACAAGUAAAGGACAAACAGCUUUGCAUAUUUUGGCGCAAUAUUGCAACCCAAAUGAUUUUGGAACAGCUAUUUCGAGUAACGUAGAUAUUGCGAGGUUUUUGUUUGAAGACGCUGGAGUCGAUUUAAGUGUCACGGAUGGAUAUGGCAAGACAAAGAUGGAAGAACGGCUCUUCACUAUGCCGCAGAAGAAGGAAAUUUGUGUAUAG